UGCUGUGAGCCUCAGGAUAGGAGCGAGUGACACGAAACUAACUGGCGACUGGCAUAUUGCGAGAGAUUGGCGAUGGAUACAGCCUAGAGGACGACCCAGCCUGGCUCAUUGGAGGACUGCAGUUCAAUCCCAUGAGGUAUUGAAGACGCCUUCCGAGAAUGACGCGGACCCGCUCGGGGACGCAGCGUGGUCCUGAAGCGCCGCCGGCCGGGGGACCUGCACGGCGCCGAUCUACAGCGUCCAGCAGCGAGUCGGCGCCUGCCGAGACGGCCCCCGCUGCCCCCGCCGAGCAGCCGGCCGCCCCCGCCGCCCACGCCGCCGCCCCCGCCGCCGGCAGUACCGACGAGAAGCCGCCGGCCGGCCGCGAUGGAGCGCCGGGCCGGGGGCGGCGGAACCCGCCCCGCUCAUCACGCGGCUCCAAAAACAUGGCCAGGGACUACUCGGACCUGGUGCGGUCCCGGUCGGCGCCGGGGACCAGCUCCGGGGAGGCGCCGGUGACCCGCGCCGCCCGGCCGGCCUCCCCGGCGCCGCCGCCGCUCCCGCCGCCGCCGCCGCCCCCGCCGCCGCCCCCGCCCGCCAUCACUCUGCGGACAGUGAUUGUGAACGGUGUGAUAAAGGAGGCGCACUGCGAGCUGUUCAAGCCGGCGGCUCCGGCCAACACCAAGCUGACCCUCAGACGGACCAAACACGGCUGGGCGGCCGCGUCCGGCGCCGCCUCCAAACGAGCGGCCAAACAUGGCGUGCGCUCCAAACACGACCUGAUGAGGAAAUCGAUGGCAAUGAUGAAAACCCUGAGUGCCGCAUCGUUCGGGUCCAAACCGUCAAAAACAUCAAAAUCAUCUACGGUAACAUCAGCGGCAGCCAAAGCCACAUCAGCUCCCUCAACCUCGUCAGCCUCGGCGCACGCACCUCCGGCAGCUGCCUCAGCCCCGGCAGCCUCCGAGCGGCCAGAGCCGGCGGCUGCCGAGGACACGUCUGAAGACGUCGGUCCCGACGUGGAUGACACCGAGCUGACGGCGCGACUGAAGCGACUCUACUCGAGGAACCGGUCGGCCUCGUCGAGCGACGCCCGCUCCGCGCGGGCCGACAGCGGCAGCUCCUCGGGCAGGACAGACGAAGCAGCCAAGGAGGACGAGGCAGCGCCACGGUUCACCGCCAGCGUCUCUGAAAACGGUGACGGUGACGGUAAACGUGCCGAAAAGGAUAACACCGCCUCUGAAGGUCCGCCAAGGAUUAAACUGAGCGUGAAAAAGGAGCUCUCGGCUAUGCUCAGCGCCCGGCCGAAGUCUGAGCUGAUGGCUGUCGACGACGAGCCCCUGAGCCUGGUCUACCCGCCGCCGGUGAUCGCCGUGCCCAAGAUCCGUCUGGGCGGCCCGUCUCCGGGCUCGGGGGCGGCGGCACCGGCGCGGGGCGCGCAGCAGGCGGCCAGCAGCUCGCCCAUGCUGGCCUCGCUGCUGGACAGCACGCCGGCGCCAGACCCGGCGCGGCCGGCAGUGUCGCUGCCCAGCAGCGAGAAGAGCUGCGAGCUGCUCAAACACCUGCUCUCCAACUCGCCCAAGGAGAGCCCCACACCGCCGCCGGUAUCGUCCGCGGCCGCGUCCGAGCCAACCAAGCCGACGUUCAAGCUCAAGUUCCACAACCGGGACCCGGUGACGUUCCGGGCGCGCUCCGAGAAGCCGGAGCCGUCCGAGCGCACCGGCUCGCCUCUGGACCCGCGCUGCAAGCUGACGCCGUCGCCGGUGCGGACUCCUCCGACCUCCACGGGCGCGCCGUCCGGCACCCUGUGGACCUUCCUCAACGACCCCAAGAUGGGCAUCCCGGAGCUGCUGCUGAUCCCGCUGCCGCGGCUGAAGGCGCUGCUCAGCCAGCCACUCCAGGAGCUGGCCAACCUCUCCACCUUCACACUGGAGGCAGUCAAAUACGUGGGCUGGCACCCGGCCUUCCGACAGGUGGACAUCCUGCAGGUCAGCCGCGACCGGCUCUACAAGCUGCUCAAGGACCCGCGGACCGAGGUGAAGAGGCUGCUGACGGACCCGUCGGCGCGCCUGUUCCCCCUGGGCCGGCCAGGCGUCGGGGGUGGGGGCGGCUGGGGUCCGCGCGGCCCGCCGCCAGACGUGGCCCCGCUCGCCGCCGGCCGCACCCCAGUCUCGGCACCCUCGCCGUCCACCAACUCGCUGCUGCGUCAGAAGCUGAUGACGCGCGGCAGCGGGAUGCACGGCGACUUCAGCUCUCACUGUAUGAGCGGCCUGAGUGCGGCUGCCCGCGGCGGCGGCGGCGGAGGCGGGGGCGGGGGCGGCGGAGUGGCGGUCGGCUACCGCGCCCCACCGGUGCUAACACCACUCUCUCAGGUGUCCGCCCGUCCCACCCAGGAGCAGCAGCUGCUCAGCCUGCUGAAGCAGCCGCUGAACAAGGCCACCUACCUGACGGACGAGGUGACCAUCCGGCCUAUCUCACAGACGGCCGUCGCCGCCGCCGCGCCGCAGAAGCGCUCUCUGCCGGACCUGAUCCCGCGGCCCGGCAAGCGGCGCGCGCCGCCCGGUCUGCGGCCGCUGGCGCAGCCGACCCCGCAGAUGCAGCCGCCGCUGCCGCCCUGUCCGGACGACAGCGACGCUGACGAUGACGCGGCGAUGCUGGCCGCUGGCCUGGUGCAGGCCUGUCUGGGAGAGGAGACGGAGGACGGGACUGACGGGAGUGUGACGCCGGGCGGCGACGGGGAGGAGACCGGCCCCGGUCGGGGAGUCGGGGACGGCGGAAACAGGAGAGGAGGUGGGUCGCCGACAGAGGGACCGGAAGGUGACGCUUGUGGAGACGCAGCGCCGACGAGCGACAGAGCGGGAGCGGAUAAAUCACCGAUGGACACCACUGGCACCGACUCCGCUACGGACUCCGCACCUGCCCUGAACUCAGCGGAAGAAGCUGUCUCUUCUGGCACUGGUGGUUCCUCCGGGACGCUGCCUCCUGCUGCCUCCGAAGUCACCACCGCUCCAGACCGACCCCCGUCGGACGGCCCCUCAGCAGACCCGGGCGCGGCUCCGGCUGCCACCGGGACCUCGGAGGCAGGAUCGCGGCCAGCGCCCUCAGACGAUCCCGCCGCCAGUAGUGACUCUGUAGACGCCAGUGGUGGUGACGCUGGUGCCGGUGGUGAUCUUGGUGGCGGUGGUGAGGAUGGUGGUUGUGGUGACCCAGGUGAGCCCAGUGGCACACCAUCUGGUGCUGAUGGACCCUCAGAAAGUUCUGCAGACGGUCCAGUCACCUCGAACCAAACCAGCGCUGCAGUGACAUCUGCUGAUGACGCACCUGUGACGUCAGCGGAGACGUCAGCAGCGUCAGCGAGUGAUGGAGGCGUGACGUUGACAUCAGACGUUCCACCUCGCGUGUCGGAUCAAUGUGGUGACGCGGAAGGAGACAACCCUUCGGCAGUGGCUAGUGAUGUUCAGCCGGACAGUGAUAAGGACCCUAGACCGGCAAAAGACGAGCCUGUGGAGGACGAUAGUGUGACGUCUGACGCGCACUCGACUGUGUCGGGGACCAGGGACACGCAAACAAAAGACGCAGAAGCGGAGGAAAAGGCAUUAGAUAGUAGUGUUGAGACUGUUGAUAAAUCCUCGGCUUCUGACGUCCCAGCUGACGCUUUAACUUCGUCCGAAGUUCCAGUAUCAUCAGCAUCUUCUGUAGCGAUAUCUUCAGCAUCAUCAGAUUCUACCACCGCCACGGCGUCAACAUCUACCUCUCUUGCAGAGAUGGCAUCUGCUCCAACAACACAAAGCUCUUCUAAUGCUGACGUACCAGCAUCGUCAUCUGAGACUGUGUCUGCAGCAGCUGCACCCAGUUCUUCAGCAUCAUCUGUUACCAACUCGUCAUCUACAGUUCAGACUUGCUCUGCUGCUUCUACCUCAGUGGCGUCGUCCGCUGCAGUGACGGUGACUUCGUCUCCCGCACCAGUUACGUGUGCCGCUCCUGCAACUCCUUCAUCCAGUUCCGAACCAACAACGGCAGCUAGUGGAAUAUCGACUUUGUUAUCUGCAGCUAGUGAAACACCAGUUUCCACCUCUAGCGCCUCUAAACCACCUCCAGCUCCUGCUGAGGCUCCCAAACCGGCCUCCGAGACUCCUGAAUCUUCAGCUCCUACAGCAGUUGCUCCAGCGCCUCCCAAAGAGGCUGUCCAAGACGCCUCCGAAGCUCCUCCUGCAGGGGCGAUGGAGGAGUCCGCGCCCGCCGAGGACGCUGAGAGCGGUGACGAGGAGGACCGUCUGGUGAUCAUCGAGGAGGAGGACGGGUCCUGCGAGGGGGUACAGGGCGGCCCCGAGGCGACGGCGAGGUCAUCCCCGGCCGUGACGUCUCGGUCGACACGGCGCCGGCGCGGCAGUGAUACCAGUGCAAUGAUGACUACUGGCACCAGCGAUGGCAGUGCUGUCACAGUGGAGGUGAAGGAAAAUGGCCACCCACACAGCAAUGGUGAUAGUGAGCAGGCCGCCAGCAAAACCAAUGAUAGCUCAAAUGUACAAACCCCAGCUGCUAAAGAUGAGAAACACGAAGAACCAGAGGAAUCAAUGGAUACUGCGGAGGAGGCCCAGUCAGAGCCACCUGUGGUGAACGGACGCGACUCUCCGGAGCCGGCGCCGGCGCCGCCCGCCGCUGCCGCCGAGUCGGAGACGCCGCCGCCGCCGACAACCACCGCCCCAGCGCCUGUGGCGGCGGCUCAGCAGCAGCCGCAGACGGCCGCCACCGCCGGCGGGGGAGCCGCCACCACACCGGCAGCGCCGCGCAAACGGAGCGGCGAGACGGCCGAGGACGGCGCCGCCAAGCGGGCGCGCGUGGACCCGAACGAGCGCGCCACGCCGCUGACGCCCGACCUGGCCUGCCUGCGCACCGUCGAGCUGAUCGAGUCGUCGCUGCACAAGCUCAAGAGGGAGGUGAAGGCUAUCGACCUGCUGGCGCGGCAGAAGGAGAAGGAAUGGGACAACCUGCUGAAGCUACGCAAGGCCAAGGAGGAGACGUUCCAGCGGCUCCGGCGGAAGCGCGAGGUGCUGCUGAUGCAGCAGAGUGAUGAGGCGGCCGGGCUGGCGCAGCGCGUGGCGGCCGGCCCGGCCAGCGGCGGCUCCGGCUCGGCGGUCGUACCCCCGGCGCGCUCCCCCGUCUCGGUAGCCAGCAGCCUGGUGCAGCAGCAGCUGCAGCAGCACAAACAGAAGCAGCAGCAGCAGGCGCAGCGCGCGGCGGCGGCGGCGGCCGCGCUCAGCGCGCAGUCCUCGCACGGCCUGCGGCCCAUCCGGCCGGCGUACGGCGCCAGCAGGAUGGGCCAGGGCAUGGGUCCGCAGGGGCCCACCAUCAGCGUGCAGCACCUGAUCGACCGGCACGCGGCCGACUACCGGCGGCGCGCCGACCUGGCCGUGCCGCUGCCAGCCAGCUCGGCGCCGGCCGGCCAGCAGGACCCCCAGUACCGAGAGAUGCUGGCGCAGAUCGCCAAACUGAGCAAGGCGCCGUCGGCAGCGGCCGCCGCGGCCGUGGCGUCGGUGGCCGGCGGCACUGGCGAGGUCACCAUACACCAGGUGAGCGCGCCCGGCACGGACGCGGCCAGCGGCGCGCAGCCCCAGUCCAGCCUGGCCAAGCUGCUGAUGGAGAGCAAGAUGAAGCAGGUGGAGCCCACCUCCGUGGUCUCCGAGAUGCUCAAGCGCCGGCCGGCCGGACCGCUGUCGGGCGGCGUGCUGCAGUCGCCCCAGGCGCAGCUGUCUCUGCGCUCCCCGGUGCCGCGCGUGUCAGCGCCGGCCGCCCCUCCGCCGCCGCCGCCGCCGGCCACCGAGGAGGUGCCGCUCUGCCAGGGCUGCCAGCAGCGGCAGGCGCAGUUCGUGUGCGCCGGCUGCGGCCACCAGUGGUACUGCUCCAGGGACUGUCAGGUGGAGGCCUGGGACAGCCACGCGGACGACUGUUCGGGCUAGCUGCAGCGCCACUGACCGCGCUGCGCUGGAGGGUAGCUGCGGCACUCUGACCGCGCUGCGCUGGAGGGCAGCUGCGGCACCCCCACCGCGCUGUGUUGGAGGGCAGCUGGCGCCGCUGACCGCGCUGCGCUGGAGGGCAGCUGCGGCACCCCCACCGCGCUGUGUUGGAGGGCAGCUGCGGCGCCGGUGACCGCGCUGUGUUGGAGGGCAGCUGGCGCCGCUGACCGCGCUGCGCUAGAGGGCAGCUGCGGCACUCUGACCGCGCUGUGCUGGAAGGCAGCUGGCGCCGCCACGCGGUCCGCUCUCUGCAGAGGGACCGCCCGCCGGCAGAGAGCGAGGCAGCUGCUGUGAGCGCCGUCUGCCGCGCAGCUGUACAUAGAGGGAGAGAGCAGUAUGUGCGUGUCCCCGAAUAUUGUCGAUAUGUGUGAGUGUGGUGUGUUUUUGUGUCGCGCGCCGCUGCGCUGAGCAGUUUGCUCUGAAUUGUUAUUGUUGGGCUCACUGUGGCUGCUGAUAUACUUUUACCAUUGACGUCGAUGUACAAUACGGUUUGAUUUUGUUUAGAUCUGAUGAUAGUCUGUUGUUUAUGUUAAUGACAUGUGUCGCCCAGCUAUUUAUGACACAUUGGUACAACUCAACCCACAGACGGGACGUCGGGUCCCUCAGCUUGGCGCUUGGACGCCGUUUGAGACCGUUUUUACAACCAUGGUUGUGCCAUGGGGGCAUGCUGAGGAGUGAACUGUGUGAAAUGUAUUUGUUCGUGUAUCGAUAAUGUCAAUACAAUUGAGACCUGCAUUGCAAA